GGAGCCCCCAGAGCAGGCUAACCCUGAGCCUGGGCACUAGGACCCGCCCCCCCCUUCCCCCAGGGGUCCGAGCCCCUCCCCGCGCGGUCCCGCCUCCGCCGGCGGCCUCGUUCCCUCGGAGCCCUGGGCCAGCCCCCCGCCUGGGCGUGAAGGCAGAGACGUGUCCCCCCGUAUCCUUCUCCCUCCCUGAAGUGGACCGAGAGCUGGGCCAGGCAGGGAGGCCGAGGGAAUGGCCCCCCGGACCCCCGAGACCCCCAUGGCAGGGUGGGUCCGGAGACGUCCGAAGCCUAGCUCCCAGGAAGGAGAAGUACCUGAAGGAUCCGGCCCGGGUCAAGUGGCGCCCGAACAGGGACCUGAGCUCCUCUUCGGUGACCCCGCCAGGGUUAUCUAUUCGUGUCUCCACAGAAUGGAGAAGGUCGCUGGGUUCCCGUCCGCUGGGUUAGAGAACUGGCGAAAGGAGCGGACGCAGAGAAGGAGGCGGAAGCGAGGACGCCGCGGACGUCAAUCCAGGAGGCUGAAGAAGGAGAAUAGGAAGCGGAUCUCCCACUGUGUUUUCUCUUUGGCCAUUCUUAGUCUUGGCCUUGGGUGGGGGUUGCCCGUCGGCGCCGAAGGGCGUUCGGCGAAACACCUGGUUGCACAGCUAAAUCACACUGCUAAGCCCUGGACUAACCUUAACCAGGAGCAUACCUAUUGGGCACUAGUACGACACUUCCCCCAACCACGUCCAGUUACUUGGAAUGGGGAUCCUGUUCCCCUAGUUGUGGUUUCCAAUGCUUCACUCCUCAUGGGCGGAGGGUGGAACGGCCAGUUAUCUCCCAUGAACAAAAUAAGACCAUUAUUAUGAGGAGUCCCACACUACCCAUUUGCCUCAGCAAAGGUGCCCACGCCGGUUGUGCUCAGGUAGAAAAUGAUACCAUCACUGAGUUACCGCAUGGACCCCACGGUUGGAUAGGGAAAGGGGACCAUAUACAUUUUUAUGUCUUACAACAUCAGCGUAGCACGCUCUAUCAGAGACAUCAAAAUUACUCACUGUGGCUGAACCAUACCAACUCCGGGUUCAGUAACAUCAGCAGCCAUAGUUACACCCAAAAUGUCACUAGCGGGUUUUUUCUCUCCCCACUCCCUCUUUGCACCCCUUCCCCUAACAUGUUUGUAGGCUUCCAAAUCUGUUCUACAGGGCAUCAAGUAGAUGGCGAGAACGUGAACGGGACUCAACUCUACUUUCUGGAUGGACAACCGGGUCCUUGGUUUGCGGCCCCGGUACCCCAUGUGCGAAGCCCUCGAGGACCUAUAGCCCAUGCACAUCUGUGGAAAUUGGCUGCUGCCUUUGCACCUUUGAUCCAUUUCACAGAUAACAGUGCACCUCUAUCUGACAACAGCACUCUUCGGAACUGGUGGUGGGACUUGUUAUUUUCAGCAGGGCGUACUUGCAACAGCCAUGGUCAAUUAGGACACUGUAACGAUUUUAACGUGACCAUCCAGACGACUUCGGAUCGUGACAUGUUUUGGAUCUGUCGUAAUGGCACCAUCACUCCCUCCUCUGCAGAAUACGCUGUACACUGCUCCAACGGAUCGUUCUCCAAUACCUUACAAUCUACAGACGUAGCCUCCAACGCCACCAUGGUCCUCCUUCUUCGAGUGCCGCCUAUCACCUUUGUGCCAGUGUUAACUACACAACCUUUUGCGCAAUCGCCUAUAGAGAGAUUCCUAUUGCGCCGCUAUCGGAGAGAGGUGGGAGGUCUCGACCUCAUCAACCUUGCACUAAAUAUUGCUGAAGCAUUAGAUCUCGUUCUGGUGAACCAUCAACUGAGUCUUCUAGCACGGCAUUUGGAGGAGUUCAUGGAAGAAACCACCCAAGCGUGGACUGUGCAACAACGAUUUAAUCGUCUCCUGUUAAACAAGGUUGAGCUCAUGGCUACAGUGUUAGCUGAUACUGUGCUGGAGGUGACUAUUGCCGAAAAGCUUUCUACUGUUGGAUGUUCUUAUGAGUUUCAACCGCCCAUGUGUGUCACUGCACUUCAUCCUAACUCUUCCA